AUGCAACGAUUCUCAACCAGAAAGUCCUACUAUCUCACAGUGAUCAAUGCUCCCCUUCGUAAUGUUUGGGAUGGGCGCAUACAGUUGAUAUUGGAUCAGGAAGCAAACGAUGACCCAAUUCAUUCAUCAAUAUCUACAUUUGAUGGAAAAAACACCGUUCAAGUCACCGAGACAACAAAUGGAUUUUCCCCACCAAGCCUUUCCUCAUCUAAGAACCCCAAUGAUCUCACCAAGAAAUCAAAUCCUAGUCUAGUCAAAAGAAUGCCUAUAGACUUAAUGGCAGAUAAAGGAAAACGAUCAAGUAUACCUCAAAAGCUUUUAAGGAUUCCCAAGAUCCUUGCUGGUUUAGAUUACGAUUCAUUACCAGUAGUUAAAAUGAAAUCUCAACUUGAAGAACACUUUAAACCGAGUGCAUGGCUUAAAGUGGUCCAAAGGAUCUUACGACAAAUCACUUCGAAAGCCAUUGCAAACGGAGUAGUAGGAAGUAAUUGGGAUUGUUUUACAUUUCAAUCAACCAACAGUAAUAGUACUGAUCUAGAUCCAUCACACUUAUCAUCUGAUCUAAAGUCAGCUUUUUGGGGUAUCAUGGUUAAUGAUGAAGGAGAUGAGAGUACUGGAAUCUUUAGACGAAUUAUUAUGUGGGCACCUAUUGGAACGGUUGUCAAAAGAGCUGAAGUUGAUUUACAUUCGAAUUUUCCUGAGAUCUUGAUUGCAUAUGUUAAUACUGAUUCAUCAGCUGGGAUCACAAAACAUACUGUUAAUUCAUUUGAUACUAAAAGAAAACUUAGGAGUCCAGUAGAUCAAUAUUUAUCUUAUGAAUUCACGAUUCAUAGAUCUACUGAUCGAGCUGAACGAGAAGAACUCAAAUCAGAUCUGGUUUCUGAAUCACCUGAAGAUGAUCAAAAACAUGUUUUUUCAAUGGCUUUUGAGUUUUGGAUUUCUGUUAUUCUUCAUCAUCAUUUAAGUACAGCUACUCAAAUCAUCAGUAUCGAACCAACUAUCUUUAAAGAAUUCAAAUCAAAUAGAUUUACGGCUUCUUCUAUAAAUCUUUCUAAUGGACUUGAAGGUGAUAUCAAAUCGAUUUAUUUAUAUUCUCUUCCAAUACAUGAUCCUCUAAUUUCUACCAGAUGGAAAGAAGAAGAAAGAUCAUAA